GCAAGGAGAACCGGCCGCGUCCGGAAUUUUCGACCUUAUUUCAACUCAUUUACGCCACUAAAAGUUGUCGUUUUUCAUCUGCAACUUUAAAGGCGUUUUAGGCAAAGGAUUGAUAAAAUGAUGCGCACGAGCACUCGAAAGAGAAAGCUGUCGUCUGUGGACGGUCAUCCGGCCAAGAAGAGCGAGAGGGAUGCGUCCCCCAUCAAGAGGAGAUCUCCCAGGAAGAAGCCGGACGGGUGUUUGGACAAAGAAAACAGUCCGUCGCCGAGGAACUCUCCUCGUAAAGCAGCGGGUUUUCCGCUCGAGCCGGCAGUGGCGACGUGUUCCUUCUACGGGCCAAAGAAGAGCGUCUAUCUCACGCCUCUGGAGAGGAAGGCAGUCAAGGAAUCUCUUCCUUUCCCUCGGCCUCCUUCCCCUCCAGGCCAGGCCAAAAAAGCGCAGCGCAAAAACAAGAAGAUGGCGAAAGGCAAGCAGGCCAAGGGGGCAGCGGGCUCCAACAUCAAAAGCUACGCCGCCACCGCCAAGACCAUCAAGCUGUCCAAGAUGAACUGGAGCAGCAAUGCCCAGGACAAGGGGUCUGAACCCAAAAAGGCCAUCACCAUCACUUUCAGUAGCAUGAAGAAGCCCAAAGCCAAGAUAUUUGUGGGCGCCGCCUUCUUCAGCACGGCCAAGAAGCCUUCUUCCAUGUACAAGAAGGCCAAACGCCAAGUUGCCGGCAAAACGGACAAGUCCAAGAGUCACGGGGCGGCCGCCCAACCGAAGAGGAAGCAAAAGCAGAAACAUCCCGGAGAGACCACCGUCCAGCCCGUGGAGAAGAAAGUAGAGCCGCCCAGGAUGAAGUUUGACCCGGUGGAAUUGUUCGACUGUGUGAACGAACUGCCAGUGAAGCAGCUGAGUUCCCCUAAAGCCCUGGUCGAGAAAUACCGGCUCACAAAGGAGCUGAAAAUCCUGCUGACGAGGACUCCGAUUCGGACAUCCAGAGGCUCGUCCUUAGAUUCUCAGGAUGACAGCUCCAAGCUAAUUUUUGACCUCAGCGACGCAAGUCCCAGCAAUGCUACCUCCUCCGAGUCCACACCGCCUCAAGUAUCUACUGCUGUGUAUCCCAUUUUUGGAUCCACUUCCAAAGGGCCCAAGAGCGCCCCCGCUGGUCCGACUCAGCCCUCGUCGUCCAUCAAAGAGCGACCCGUCCGCAAGAGGAAGGAGAAGCACGACCGCGACCAGCUCAUCAUCGACGCCGGCCAGAAGCAGUUUGGCGCCGCCACCUGCGGGUCAUGCGGGAUGGUCUACAGCGCAGACAACCCGGAGGACAACUACCAGCACGAGCAGUUCCACCAGUGCCUCCUGGACUCCAUCAAGUUUGUGGGUUGGAAGAAGGAAAGGGUGGUGGCAGAGUUCUGGGACGGAAAGAUCAUCAUGGUCAUGCCGGAUGAUCCCAAGUAUACCAUCAAAAAGGCGGAGGAGGUGCGUCGCAUCGCAGACGGCGAGUUGGGCUUUCAGCAGGUGACUCUGAGCAGACCCUCGCAGGUCAAGACCUACUUGUUCGUCAACACGGAUCGGAUGGUGGUGGGCUGCCUGGUCGCAGAAUCCAUACGACAGGCCUUCAGAGUGCUGGAGCAGCCGGAUCAGCACAAGGACAUGACCAAGGACGACUUCAUGGACCGGCAAAGGGCGUGGUGCUGCUCCACUGCGGCGGAGAAGGUGCUGUGCGGCGUCAGUCGCGUGUGGGUGUUCAGCCUGGCCCGCCGUCAGGGCGUCGCUCGCCGCAUGCUGGACACCGUCAGGAGCACCUUUAUGUACGGCAGUCACCUGACAAAGGAGGAAAUCGCCUUCUCCGACCCGACGCCCGACGGCAAGCAGUUCGCCACGGCGUACUGCGGCACGCCCACGUUCCUCGUCUACAACUUCAUCGGCUGAAGGGACUGAACGCGCAAGCAGUCGUUACACUGACUCUGAAUGUCUCGGACUUUGGUUUUUACAGUCGAGUUUUUGAGCUCAGACCUGAGUGUUAUAUAUUUGCUAUAGUUUUAUGCAGAUGUUUAUACAGAAAUGACUUCACAUUAUGAUUUGUUGGAUUUUUUUUUUUUUUUUUAGCUUAUCAUUUUGAAGGCUAAAAUGUGUUU